CAAUACGCAAUUUCCUCUCCCUCCCUCCAUCGCUUUGUCACGCGCAUAGAACUUGCAGUUGCAUACAAAACAUGGGACGAAAACAGAACCUUCAACUGAAGAAAAAUUAUCUGUAAAUCCGAAUCACAUAACGGUCUCGAGAAUUCCAAGGCUCUAAGCAAGCUCUAAAACCCCAGUCGCUGACAUGUUCUUUUCUCUCCUUAACUUUUGCCUACCAAUCUCACCUGUUUAAUCUCCCAUUUUAGGUCAGAUUUCUAUUUCUCUGGAUCAGAUUUUCAUGCAUACUACUCUGAUUUUGACGUUCUUUCGUAUUUUUUUUACUGGUGAAAAGUCCAUUCUUCUUCGCCGAUUUCAAACUAGAAAUCAGAGUUUCCACGAUUUCUCUGUUUCUUUCUUCUGUUUUUGCUUCAAGAUGUAAAAAGCAGGUUUAUGGGUUAGAUUGAUGAACUUUUUGAUCAGUUCCUAUUAUAGAUAGCUGAGCAUGGGUUCUCUUAAUGGUUUUCUCCAUCAAAAGCUGAUUCCCUUUGCAGGCUUUUUCUGGGUCUCUGUUUCAGCUCUUUUCCUUAUUCUGUUUGAUUUCUUCAAUAGGACCAUUUUCAGGUAUUCAUUUAUUUCCUUUUCUUUUCCUCCGUUUCUAAAACUUCAUGAGAUAGUCUUUCAACAUAACUCUAUUCCCACUUUCAUUUCCAGGGUGGAAGGAAACAGCUUUCAAACAAUCAAUUCAAAAUGUUUAGAAUUCAAUCCGAAUUGUGCAGAGCAUGAAGCUGAAGCGAAGGAACUGGAACUCAUCUCCGAUUUUAUGGAGCAGGAACCUGAAGCUGAAGAACCAGAAGUUGGUACCACUGAAUGUAGAAGCACAACAGAAAAUGCUGAUUUAGAAGAAGAGACACCUAAAUUCUUUUUCAAAUUUCAGUUCCAGACUUACAGAGAGGAUUGUGAGCGAGAUUUCUCAAAUUUUGUAUCCUCUAGAACCACCAAUAAGUAUGAGUUCUCUUCCGGGAAAGAUUCAAGUCUAUAUUUGGAGAAGCCAGAGACUUUUAGUCUUAGGGUGAAAGAGUUAUAUGCUGAUUCUAUUGAUGGUUCUAUUAGCAACACAGAUACUGCGAAAGAUAAAAUUUUACCCGGUGAGAACUUCGGGGAGCAGAAAGCAGAAGUAGAAUCUACUCGAGAGGAGAGAAAAGAAAAUUCUGCUGAUGGUGCAUGUAAAGAAGAGGUGUCAGGGAAGCUCGAGUCUGAAACAUGCAUUGAAGGGUCUAUUUGGCGGAAGGGAAUAUCAGUUGUUGCAGAGCACACUGAGUUGAGCGAUCAACAAGUUUCAAGAGAUGAUGAUCAGUUUCUAUCAGAGAAGGACUUUAUUGCUCAAGAUUAUCAUUCUGAUUCUGAUUCGAUUACUUCAAGCCAUGAGAUUAUAAGUCGUUUUGCAGCUUCAUCCGGCGAUGGCUUCUUGUCAGAUAAAGAUUUUGAAGAUGCAUUUGAAGUUGAUAUUAUGGGUAACAUUGGAAGGGAGAAGGCAGAAUUAAUAGGGGAUUUGGAGACGGAGGAUAUGAAUUCGCAGCAUUUAAGUGCUGGCUAUGAACCUGAUGACUUUGGGGAUGAAGAUAGUGAUAUAUUGGAGGAGUUUAAACAUCUAGACGACUCCAAUAUGCAUGAAACAGAACAGUUGGCUGACGAAAAAGAUGUUGAAGAACAAGAAUUUGGUUGCAGUGACAAGCAACCUACUAAUAGCUUAGACAGUUGUGAAGAUUCAAAUGGGUUGGAAAUUUUAUGGGAACAUCAAGAUUUGAUAGAACAGCUGAAGAUGGAGCUGAAAAAGGUCCGAGCUACAGGUCUGCCAACCAUCUUGGAAGAAGACGAGUCACCAAAAAUAAUGGAAGAUUUAAAGCCAUGGAAGAUUGAUGAGAAGUUCCAGCAUGAAGAUAGAAUGGAUGAGCUCCACAAGUUCUACAAGAGUUACAGAGAACGCAUGCGGAAAUUUGAUAUCCUGAAUUACCAGAAAAUGUAUGCAAUGGGCUUUCUUCAAUCGAAGGACCCACUUAAAUCAAUUUCAAGGCGUAAAGCCUCAGGACCAGCAUUGACAUCCCUUGUUUCACAGAAAUUCCUGCUAGGCAAGCGUAAAAAAUCCAAUUCUGAUCCAAUGACGAGCUUCAUUAGAGAAUUGCAUAGUGAUUUGGAAAUGGUUUAUGUUGGUCAAAUGUGUCUCUCAUGGGAAAUCCUUCAUUGGCAGUAUCAGAAGGCACUGGAGAUUUGGGAUUUGGACCCUUAUGGAAUGCGUAGAUACAAUGAAGUUGCUGGUGAAUUUCAACAAUUUCAAGUACUCAUGCAGAGAUUUUUAGAGAAUGAACCUUUCGAAGGACCUAGAGUACAAAAUUAUGUCAAGAAUCGCUGCAUUCUGCGUAAUCUCCUUCAAGUUCCAGUGAUAAGGGAGGACUGUAUAAAGGAUAAGAAGGCACGAAGAAGAAUGAAGGACGAUGAUGCAAUAACAAGUGAUAAUCUAGUAGAGAUGAUAGAAGAAUCAAUAAGAAUUUUCUGGCGAUUUCUCCGAGCUGAUAAAGACGCAUAUUAUGCGACUCCAAAGAGUCGAAGAGGAACUCAAAUCGAGCCCCAAGAUCCCACUGAACUAGAACUUGUGACAGAAGUCAGAGCGAGUCUGCAAAAGAAGGAGAAGAAGCUUAAAGACAUAUUGAGGAGUGGGAAUUGCAUACUGAGAAAGUUCCAGAAACGUCAUGAAGACAGUAGUUCAGAGCAAGUUCUCUACUUCUUCUCACAAGUAGAUAUGAAGUUAGUGUCUAGGGUGCUUAACAUGUCGAAAUUAACAACGGAUAAACUAAUAUGGUGUCGCAACAAAUUGAACAAUAUCAAUUUCGUUAGCAGGAAGAUACACGUAGAGACAUCAUUUUUGCUUUUUCCUUGCUGAUAGCAUAUGCAGCAGCUAGCUCUUUGCCAGUGUAAAAUUGUUACUAAUUCAUUUUUAUUAUAGAUGCAGAGGAGGGAUUUUUUAGAAUAUUUUGUAAGAUAAUCACCAUAAUUCAAAUUGAUCAGAAAUUCAAUGGAUGAUAAUAGAUGUAUGUUGCAAUAAAUGCUUCCCAUGGUGCCCUCCGGAGUAAAAUUUAAGAAACUUAGGCCUAAGUUUCUGCUAUUUAUCCAUUAUUAACGAAAAUCUGAUUCUAAUAUUCAUCAUAAGUCUGAUAAGCUAAUCUCUAGUUUAAUUUAAAUGAUCCUCACUAUA